GAGUCUCUGACAUACCUAUCUAGUAUCUAAUACCUAUUUAUUCAAGAGUUUAGCAAAACAUUUGAUUAUUCUGUUUCUUUGUAUUUUGUUAUGACUAAUGUUGUAGGUAUUGUUAUUUAAUAAUUUCAUAAUGCUUAAAAUGUUUGAAUAUUUUUACAAUUCAUAAUAGUAUGGUAUUCGUAUUCGAUGAUAUCAUCGUGUUGUAGUCAGUUGUUCUGUGUAGUGUAAUCCGGUAUUCGUCAUAACUUGGGUGUUGUCUUCAUUAGGGUUUAUGCUUACACUCAUUUGAAAGUUACAAAUAGUUAAUAACUAUUUUGGCCAUUUAUACGUUGACAUAUAACCAAAUAAUACAACAUGACUGAUCAGUUCGGUCCCAUUACACUAAAAUGGGAUCCCAAAAAUCUAGAGAUACGAACUAUGUCUGUGGAAAAGACAUUAGAACCAUUAGUUUUACAAGUGACUACUUUAGUGAACACUAAAGGAACUUCACGUAAGAAGAAAGGACGUUCAAAAAGAGCUCAUGUUCUAGUUGCUGCUGUCGAAAAAGCUACAGAGAAUUUUAUUGAAGUAGGAGAACAAAUCGCUUUUGAAAAUCCUGAUAUAAAACAAGAAAUGUUAGCUGCAGUCGAAGAAGUUCGAAAAACUGGUGAUGCUAUGAGUAUUGCUGCAAGGGAGUUUGCUGAAGAUCCUUGUGCUUCAGCUAAACGUAGCAAUAUGGUAAGAGCGGCCAGAAAUCUAUUGUCAGCCGUAACACGCCUACUUAUACUUGCAGAUAUGGUUGAUGUGCAUUUAUUAUUGAAGUCUUUAAGAGUUGUUGAAGAUGAUUUGGAAAAAGUUAAAAAUGCUUCAAGUCAAGCCGAACUUCUUGACAAUAUUAAAGUUUUUGGUAGAAGUGCGAGUGAACUUAUGAGUCAAGCUGCAAAACGACAACAAGAAUUAAAGGAUCCUCAAUUACGCGAUGAUCUUGCUGCAGCUCGUGCUAUUUUAAAAAAACAUUCCACAAUGCUGUUAACUGCUUCCAAAGUUUAUGUAAGACACCCAGAACUUGCUGCAGCUAAAGCUAAUCGUGAUUUUGUAUUGAAACAAGUGUGUGAAGCUGUAAACACUAUAAGUGAUGUUGCCCAAGGUCGAUCUGCAGCAAUGAACGAUAAUGGAAACCAAAUUUAUGAUGGACCUGGUGAAUUGGCUGCUGCACUUGAUGAUUUUGAUGAAAGAAUGGUUAUGGAUCCUCUUGUUUAUAAUGAAGUACGUACUCGUCCUUCUUUAGAAGAACGACUUGAAAGUAUUAUUAGUGGAGCUGCAUUAAUGGCUGAUUCUUCGUGUACCCGUGAUGAACGUAGAGAAAGAAUUGUUGCUGAGUGUAAUGCUGUGCGCCAAGCAUUGCAGGAUUUGCUGUCUGAAUAUAUGUCCAACCAAUUGCAACUCCAAAGGGUCGGAAAAAGGAUGAGUGUAAAAGAAACUAGUGAAGGAUUGGAACGUGCUAUUGAUCAUAUGUGUAGAAAAACUAGAGAUUUGAGACGACAAUUACGUAAAGCUGUUGUAGAUCAUGUAUCUGAUAGCUUCCUAGAAACAAGUGUUCCGUUACUUGUUUUGAUUGAAGCAGCCCAUUCAGGCGACGAAAAAGAAGUUGAAGAAUGUGCUCUUGUAUUCACUGAACAUGCAAAUAAACUUGUUGAAGUUGCUAAUCUUGCGUGUAGUAUGUCGAACAAUGAAGAUGGCGUAAAAAUGGUACGAACCGCUGCUGCACAAAUUGAAAAUUUAUGUCCUCAAGUCAUAAAUGCAGCUAGAGUACUUGCUGUUCGACCCCGCUCUAAAUUGGCACUUGAUAAUAUGGACGUUUUUAGAGAUGCAUGGCAAGCACAAGUCAGACUACUAACUGAAGCUGUUGAUGAUAUAACAACAAUUGAUGACUUCUUAGCUGUUUCUGAAAGUCACAUUUUGGAAGAUGUGAACAAAUGUGUUCUCGCAUUACAAGAAGGAUCAGCUGAUCCAUUAGAUAGAACUGCUGGAGCAAUUAGAGGCCGUUCAGCUAGAGUUUGUAAUGUAGUAGCUGCUGAAAUGGAUAAUUAUGAACCGGGAAUAUAUACUGAGCGUGUGUUAGAAGCAAUUAAAGUAUUACGUGAUCAAGUUAUGCCUAACUUUGCUCAACGUGUUGAGUUAGCGGUUGAUGCCUUGUCAACCAAUCCUCCUAAAGAAGUAGAUGAAAAUGAUUUUAUUGAUGCUUCUAGACUUGUUUAUGAUGGUGUAAGAGAGAUUCGUCGAGCUGUUCUCAUGAAUAGGACUGAUGAAGAAUUAGACCCUGAAGAUAUAGAGUUUGAUGAACAUUAUACAAUUGAUACACGAAGCCGAUCAAGUGCUCAUACUGGAGAACCUUUGGAUGAGUACCCAGAUAUUAGUGGAAUUACUACAGCACGUGAAGCUAUGAGAAAAAUGACAGAAGAAGAUAAACAAAAAAUUGCUCAACAAGUUGAAUUCUUUAGGAGUGAAAAGCUUAAGUUUGACCGUGAGGUAGCCAAAUGGGAUGAUACAGGAAAUGAUAUUAUUGUUCUUGCCAAACACAUGUGUAUGAUUAUGAUGGAAAUGACAGAUUUUACCCGUGGCCGUGGACCAUUGAAAACUACUAUGGAUGUUAUUAAUGCAGCUAAGAAAAUUUCAGAAGCUGGAACAAAGUUAGAUAAGCUUACUAGACAAAUUGCUGACCAAUGUCCAGAAUCAUCUACCAAAAAAGAUUUAUUAGCUUAUUUACAACGUAUUGCUUUGUAUUGUCAUCAGCUGAACAUCACUUCUAAAGUUAAAGCUGAUGUGCAAAAUAUAAGUGGUGAACUAAUUGUUUCUGGGUUGGACAGUGCCACGUCUCUAAUUCAAGCUGCAAAAAAUUUAAUGAAUGCUGUUGUAUUAACCGUCAAGUCCUCAUAUGUGGCCAGUACAAAAUACCCCAGACAAGGAGCAGAUCUCCAAAAACUUGUUGUGUGGAAAAUGAAAGCUCCUGAAAAGAAACCACUUGUUAGACCUGAAAAACCUGAAGAAGUUAGAGCUAAAGUACGAAAAGGCUCUCAAAAGAAAGUACAAAACCCAAUAAAGGCUUUAAGUGAAUUCCAAAGUCCUACAGAAUCUGUUUAAAAUGUAUAAUAAUUAUUAAUUGCUAUUUAGAUGUUUAGCUAAUAAUUUGAAAAAUAAGUAUAUUUACUUGUACAUUUAUCAAUAAAAGUAAAUGCCAAAUAAUACUAGAUUAAUUAAAGGUAAACAUUAAAUAUUGUUUGUAUAUUAUUGAGAAAAAAAAAUAUUCAAAUUUAUUAUUUUAUAUACAUGGUUUUGUUGCCAAAUUAAUGAAUGACAAAAUAUACUUGAUAAUGUUGGCUAAAAAAAAUUCUUGAAUAUAAUCUUAAUGGAUAAUUAGUUUGUUAUUAAUCAUUAUUAUAAUCAUAUAAAGUUUUAUAUUAUAAUCAACCUUUUUUGUAUUUUUAAAAUUAGUUUCUCAUUUACCAAAUAGUUGGGUAAUAAUAUAUUCUACAGUAUUAUUAAUUAUUAUUUAUACAGUCCUAGAAAUUACUUUUAGCAUUAAUAUUAAAUAAAUUUAUACAAAAAAAAUAAAAUAACUAUUUAUUA